CAUUGACAAAUAAAAUUUCAUUUUGAUUUUGGUUUGAAAAAUGAAAACUUUAAUUUUGUUUCUAUCACUAACUGUUACCAUAAUAUCAGCUCAAACUUAUGGAUUCACACCUUACUAUGGUAUGUCGGGAUAUAAUCCAAUGACCAGUCCGAAUUAUGGAUAUGGUUUAUCAAUGAUGGGUUAUGGAGGUAUGGGAUAUGGUAUGGGAUAUGGUAUGGGAUAUGGAUACGGAGAAAAUAACGCUAUUAUGGAAGAUAUCCUUAUUCAGGAUAUGGAUCUGGAUAUGGAUAUGGAGGCGGAUACUACCCGUUCUAUUCGAAAUCAGAUGCAUCCAGACGUGGAUCAGACACCGGCAACCGUGAAAUUUCAUACCAACGCAUGUAUUAAUCUAUUGACACAAUUGGAUCGAGUUAUUAGUCACGACUCCAAUCACAAAAUCAAAUGCCUGUCAAUGGACUACAUUCCCAUUGAC